AUGCCAACAAGUCCAUCCAAUCACUCUCUCAUCCUUGAAGAGACGAUCACAGCCAGUACCUCAGGACAGACCCAACGCACAAACAUGCAAGCUCCCACCCUCCAAGCAAUCACCACCGCUCUAGCGCUCGUGAACUCUCUACCGACACCAACGGAAUCACACGCAAGCCAAUUCGAUGAAGAACUAAGCGAGGCCUUCAAUCUCGACUUCACUCUACCACCCCUCGCCCCCCUCGGGUUACCCAACUUCUCUCAGCGUGCGCCAGACUCACCGCCCUCCUCCGUCUCGCUUGACGACCCUCCCCAAGAUUCACCACCCGAGUACGUCCCCAUGCGCGACGCACCUCCUCAAACAUCAUCACACGCCGCACUCUCGGCCGAGGAGGACAGGCUGUUCCUGACGCGCUUUUGGCGAAACGUGCAAAGGAGGCAAUGGGCCCGGGGAACCCGCGAUGCAGCCCUCGAGCCCACACCAUCUGGAUCCGAGUCCUCAUCGUCGUCUUCAUCUGAGCUUUGGUCCGAGCCUUAG